GAAACGGCGUGGACAACGGACAAAGGUCACUCAGAUGUGUCAAUGGCAGAGAGCACGAUGUCUCCAGAGGAGAUCGAGGUGGAGAUGGCUCGUAUCCAACGCCUGCGGGAAGUCCUGGUGCGCAGAGAGUCAGAGCUGCGCUUCAUGAUGGAUGACAUUCAGCUCUGCAAAGACAUCAUGAGUUUAAAGCAGGAGCUAAGGCAGAUUGUCGCAGUACCAGAGAAAGAAAAAACCAAGAAGCACAGGCAGCGAGAAGAGGAACUGAUCCUGAAGAUCCAUAAACUGGUGCAGAAGAGGGAUUUUCUGGUCGACGAUGCCGAGGUGGAGAGAUUAAGGGAGAAGGAGGAGGACAAAGAGAUGGCGGAGUUCCUCAGGCUGAAGCUGAUGCCUCUGGAACAGAAGCUCAAAGUCACACAAAAUCCUCCAAAGCCCAAGAGACAAAUCCCUGAGCCGCCUCCCAACAAGCCAUCCAUCACCAAGUCAGGAGCGGCCAUCAUUAAGGACUGCUGCGGAGCCACCCAGUGUGCUGUAAUGUAACUGACCCAAACCUGCUUAUGGCCCCGACCCUGUGUCAGACACCGCACUUACAUCACACGACAUGACGUACAUCACUUCCUGUUACUCAGAGAGUCACAGUCAACCACGAAACUGUUCAGGUAUCAGAUUCGUAGCUUAGUUUGCAAGAGGUUGGGAGCUGAUCCCCGGUCAGUAUUUAAGGGAAACUUUUAUAGUAAGGAGCUUUUAACCAAGACCAUGAAAUCAAGGGAAAGGAAGCUGUGAAGAGAACUGUAAAUAAAAACUAUGUUAAAAGUGUUGAUUUAUUUGUUCAGUCAGUUUUCAGAUUGGUUAAUUACAUCAUGACAGGUUCAAUGAGGAUGGAUCUCAUCUGCAGAGCUACAAGCACAAUGUCCGUAAAGUGAACUGAAUGCUGGAGUUCUCUGACAGGAAGAGAAAAGUUGAUGUCUGACGACGGGUAUUCAUUCUUCAUUUAGUGCUUAAAAUCCAACCAGUGAAUCUCUCAGUUGCUACAUUUUAUCAUUUUCCCCAGGUGGGACAAACACAAGUGGCUCUGAAAAACAAUAUGGCUCCCUGUUAAGGGACUUAUGCAAACUGAUUUAUAUAUGCUAAUGAGGAGAGGGAGCCAGGUGGAUGAUUUUUUCUACAAGUGCUGAGCAAUAUUAUCAAACAGCAGUUUAAUUCUUAUGGCAUUUACAAAUUAAACAAAGACUUAAUGCUGAACAAACUAAGUUGCCUCUUUUCCACUGACGUGCUGCCAGUGCCCGUGUUGAACUGGUUCUGUAUGACGGAGACUGAAGUCAGUGCCAAAAAUCUGAUACAAUACUGUUGCCAAGCCGGAAGUUGAAACCGCUAACAUCAGGGUGGAGAUACAAGAAAUAUAGAGCUUAUUCACCUGUAGAUUCUGUCCACAGUACCCCCCACCCCACUGAAAUUACUCCAACCUUUGCUACAUAACAUCUGGUUCAUUCUCAAACCUGUGGAAAUGUCAGCUGGUUCUCAAAGGCUCUACGCAGCACGGCAUCAGUGGAAACCAGAUCAAAAAUGAGCUCAUAUUAGGCUCAGUGCUAGUUAGCCAUGUGCGUCCUGUAGGAGAGGUCCAAUUAUGUUUCUAGAAGUCUU